CUCCGGGGAUCAGCUGGCGGGCGGGCGGGCGCCGAACGCGGCCCCGGCUCUCGCUGCAGCGCCGCCUCUUCUCCGCGUCGCAGGCCGACCCGGCGGCCGUGACAAUGUUGCAGGGCUGGUAGCUGGGAGCCAGCCGCCGAGCCGUCUCAAGUUUAAACUUAUACGAAUCGCUCCCUUGAGGAGGAGGGGACCGCGGCGCGAUUGACACGCAUAUUCCUAUAGGCAUCCUCCCUCACCCCCCACCCCCACGGCCGGAUUCGGGUGGCUCCUCUCCGAGCUGAAAUCCGAGAAGAAAUCCUUGGAUCUCUUGUUUUCUUUAAAAAAAAAAAAAAUCCAGAAACCGUCGGUAUUUUGCUUUACUGCUUCCUAUUCGCAAGAUGAAGAAGUUUUUCGACUCCCGGCGAGAGCAGGGCGGCUCUGGCCUGGGCUCCGGCUCCAGCGGAGGUGGGGGCAGCACCUCGGGCCUGGGCAGUGGCUACAUCGGAAGGGUCUUUGGCAUUGGGCGACAGCAGGUCACUGUGGACGAGGUGUUGGCGGAAGGUGGAUUUGCCAUUGUGUUUCUGGUGAGGACAAGCAAUGGAAUGAAAUGUGCCUUGAAACGCAUGUUUGUCAACAAUGAGCAUGAUCUCCAGGUGUGCAAGAGAGAAAUCCAGAUAAUGAGAGACCUGUCGGGGCACAAGAACAUUGUCGGUUACAUUGACUCCAGUAUCAACAACGUGAGCAGCGGGGAUGUGUGGGAAGUACUCAUUCUGAUGGACUUCUGUAGGGGAGGCCAGGUGGUCAACCUGAUGAACCAGCGCCUGCAAACAGGUUUUACAGAGAAUGAAGUGCUCCAGAUAUUUUGUGACACCUGCGAAGCCGUUGCCCGCCUGCAUCAGUGCAAGACUCCUAUCAUCCACCGUGACCUGAAGGUUGAAAAUAUUCUCUUGCACGACCGAGGCCACUACGUCCUGUGUGACUUUGGAAGCGCCACCAACAAAUUCCAGAAUCCACAAACUGAGGGAGUCAAUGCAGUAGAAGACGAGAUUAAGAAAUACACAACGCUGUCCUAUCGAGCACCAGAAAUGGUCAACCUCUACAGUGGCAAAAUCAUCACUACAAAGGCAGACAUUUGGGCUCUCGGAUGUUUGUUGUAUAAAUUAUGCUACUUCACUUUGCCAUUUGGAGAGAGUCAGGUGGCAAUUUGUGAUGGAAACUUCACAAUUCCUGAUAACUCUCGAUAUUCCCAAGACAUGCACUGCCUAAUUAGGUAUAUGUUGGAACCAGACCCUGAUAAAAGGCCGGAUAUUUACCAGGUGUCCUACUUCUCAUUUAAACUACUCAAGAAAGAAUGCCCAAUUCCUAAUGUACAGAACUCUCCCAUUCCUGCAAAGCUUCCUGAGCCAGUGAAAGCCAGUGAGGCAGCUGCAAAAAAGACCCAGCCAAAGGCCAGACUGACAGAUCCCAUUCCCACAACAGAGACUUCAAUUGCACCCCGGCAGAGGCCUAAGGCUGGGCAGACUCAGCCAAACCCAGGGAUCCUUCCUAUCCAGCCAGCCCUGACGCCUCGAAAGAGGGCCACGGUUCAGCCCCCACCCCAGGCUGCAGGAUCCAGCAAUCAGCCUGGCCUUUUAGCCAGUGUUCCCCAACCAAAAACCCAGCCCCCACCCAGCCAGCCUCUACCACAGCCUCAGCCCAAGCAGCCGCAGGCUCCACCCACCCCACAGCAGGCACAGCCCACUCCAGCCCAGGCUCUGCCCACUCCAGCCCAGGCCACACCCCAGCACCAGCAGCAACUCUUCCUCAAGCAGCAGCCGCAGCAGCCCCAGCAGCAGCAGCAGCAGCCGCAGCAGCAACCGCAGCAGCCGCAGCAGCCACAGCAGCCGCCACAGCAGCAGCCACCACCCCAGCAGCAGCCGGCACCUCCCCAGCAGCCCGCGGGCACGUUUUACCAGCAGCAGCAGCAGCAGCAGCAGCAGCAGCAGCAAGCCCAGGCUCAACAGUUUCAGGCAGUGCACACAGCCGCCCAGCAACCAGCCAUCACCCAGUUCCCGGUGGUGUCGCAAGGAAGCUCUCAGCCGCAGCUGAUGCAGAACUUCUACCAGCCCCAGCCCCAGCCGCAGCUGCCGCAGCAGCAGCAGCAGCUGGCCUUGAGCUUGCACCAACAACUGCUGCUGACUCAGCAGGCCGCCUUGCAGCAGAAGACCACGGCGGUGGUGGCGGCAGCAGGACAGCAGCCCCAGGCGCCCCCCGCUGCAGCCCCGCAGGCGCCCGCGGAGCGGGCGCAGAUUCAAGCCCCAGUAAGACAACAGCCAAAGGUGCAAACAACCCCACCUCCGACCGUCCAGGGGCAGAAACUCGGAUCUCUCACUCCUCCCUCGUCCCCCAAAACCCAGCGUGCUGGGCACAGGCGGAUUCUCAGUGACGUGACCCACAGUGCCGUCUUUGGGGUCCCUGCCAGCAAAUCCACCCAGCUGCUCCAGGCAGCUGCAGCUGAAGCCAGCCUCAAUAAGUCCAAGGGUGGGAACCUACAUAGGUCUGCAACCACCACUCCAUCAGGCUCUCCUCGGACCUCCCAGCAAAACGUUUAUAAUGCUUCAGAAGGUUCUACGUGGAAUCCCUUCGAUGAUGACAAUUUCUCCAAACUCACAGCUGAGGAACUGCUAAACAAGGACUUUGCCAAGCUGGGGGAAGGCAAACAUUCUGAGAAGCUUGGAGGCUCCGCUGAGAGUUUGAUCCCAGGCUUUCAACCGACUCAAGGUGAUGCUUUUGCCACUCCCUCGUUUUCUGCUGGAACCGCUGAAAAAAGGAAGGGUGGGCAGACUGUGGAUUCUAGCCUUCCACUUCUAAGUGUUUCUGAUCCUUUCAUUCCUCUUCAAGUACCUGAUGCACCAGAAAAACUAAUUGAGGGACUCAAAUCUCCUGACACUUCUCUCCUGCUCCCUGACCUCUUGCCUAUGACAGACCCUUUUGGUAGCACUUCUGAUGCUGUAAUUGAAAAGGCCGAUGUUGCUGUUGAGAGUCUCAUACCAGGACUGGAGCCCCCAGUGCCCCAGCGCCUUCCAUCUCAGACGGAAUCUGUGGCCUCGAACCGCACAGAUUCUCUCACCGGGGAAGAUUCCCUGAUUGAUGGCUCCCUGCUUUCUAACCCUACUACUGACCUUCUGGAAGAGUUUGCCCCCAUAGCGAUCUCUGCUCCAGCCCAUAAAGCUGCGGAAGAUAGUAAUCUCAUCUCAGGUUUUGAUGUCCCUGAGGGCUCGGACAAGGUGGCAGAAGAUGAGUUUGACCCUAUUCCUGUAUUGAUAACCAAAAACCCACAAGGUGGGCACUCUAGAAACAGCAGUGGGAGCUCUGAGUCCAGUCUUCCCAACCUAGCCAGGUCUUUACUGUUGGUGGAUCAGCUCAUAGACCUGUAGCCGGGACCCAGUAGCAGAGGCAAUUCUGUAACCUUCACACCGUAAUACACGUUUUCAUUACGGAGUUAUAAGAAAAAAGGAUUUUUUAAAAAAUCUACGAAUAAAGGGCCCUCUGGCCCUUAUCUCCUACCCCUUGCCUUCUCCUGUAGAAACGAUAAGGAAAGAAAAUCACUUUGGCCCUCCAGAUAUUCCUUGGCCAGUUCCUCCCUGUUAGUUUGCUGUGUUUUCUCAUUACCCUUCUUCAAUAGCAUUAUCUUAAAUCAAGCGCUAGAUGCCAUGAGCUUCUCUGCUGGAAUCAACUCCACCCAAAGCUUAACUGUAACUGAAACUAGUGAAUUGACACCCUUGUCUCAUUCUUGCUAGGAAUGGCCUCCCAGACCAAUCCUCUCAGCCCCUGUCUCCUUUGGCCAGAUGCUGAUGAAUGUGUUUCUCUGUUUUUGCUUUUUACGCUGCUGCAUUAUAUCAUGAGGACGUGGCUUCUUCAGUUGGUCUUGACUCUGGGCAGUAGCCUGGAGAUGGGUGUGACUUAAGAGAGGGUAAAACUGACUGACGGAUGAGAUGUGUUUGAAAAGAGCAAUUGAGCCCAGCUCUAGCCCACCAGCUCUGACCUUGUUUGAUCGUAGACCUAGCCAAGGGAUUUUACACCCCAUGCAACCUGCCCAGCAUUCAUCCAGCAUUCUGGCUUCCAUUGAACCGUGAUUUCUCAGAUCUGGAGACGUGACUGCAAGUACUUGAGAUCCUUGGAUAAAAUGUGUACGUUAUAUAAAACCCAAGUAUUGCCAUUCCUUUUCAUGUUAACUGUCCCGAGCCGGGAUCUCAGAAUUAGACCAAAAUGAGACAAUGGUGGUAAUAUGAUACCUUUUAUUAGAAGACUUUUCACUGGGGGGUGGAUGGGGGAGGGGAAGGAAUUGUAGCAGAAACAGAUGUAUUUUUCUUGUGAUUUUUAUUUUGAAUCAAAUAUUGUAAAUUGUGUAUAAAUGAAGACGCUGAAUAGUUCUGUUUCCACUUGGCGUUUCAAGUCUGAUAUCAGGUGUCUGUACAGGGUUUUGAUCUCUUUCCCUUGUAUAACUACACAGCAAUCCUACAGUGUAACAUAUGGAAUCAUUUUGAGUAGACUUGUGUGUUGCUGUAAGCUUUCAGCAGGUCCUCUGUCUUUGUAGAAUAAGCAUGUUGUUUAUUUUCAGAUAAUCAGAAAUAAGUGUGCUGACAAGCUAGGCACAAUUUGAUUCUGGCUACUUACCUUUCUUUCUCUCUGAUGUUUGAAUCGAAGGAUGCAGCCAGC